GGUUAAAUCGCUCCGUAACGGUCAUGCUUACGUCAUCACGCCAUAAAAGGCUUGACUACGAAAUUCUAUGGGUCGCUCGCAGUUUUAGCGGAACAACACGCUUGAAGUCGUAUUCCUACACUGAUGGGUUCCGCAUGGCCUAAAAUAGUAUUUAAGAGCGCUGUCCGAAAGCUAGAACCAAGACGUCUUGAUAAACAGAAAGGAAUCCAGUAUGGGUAACGUUUUAGAAUCCAUACAGCCGUGUGAAUGUCCCCAUGAGAAGCCAGAGAGACGAGAGGGGAGUAGCGAAGAGAAAAUCAUUGACUUAGAUGCGCGGAAUUGGGUAAAGAGACUAUACGAGGCAACGGACGUUUGGCCAAAAUCUAGCUGCAAAGAAGCCAUCGGAUGCAAUCAGUGCAAUGAUAGAUACCAAGAUACCCUGGGCUCAAAUUCUGAUGACAUUGACGUCAAUUCCCGAAAACAAAACCUCGAAAAAAGAACUUGUAGCAGCAGAGAAAGAGUAAAUUAUAUCAGAAUGAAAUACAAACUCGCUGAAAGGGACUAUAACUCGAGGAAGUACUCAGCUGAACAUUUACUUGACCUAACUCUAGCAAAACAGGAAAGAGAAAAAGGAAGACGGAGAAAAAAGGAACGAAAAGAGAAGUAUGCGAAUAUGAUGUCGGGAGUAAUCGUGCUGCAAAAAUAACAAACCACAAACUCUCUUUAAUUAAACCAAUUAAUUACAAAUAAAUACCGAGGGUGUGGGCCGUGCGAGAGCUCAAGUACUCAAGAACUGAGAGCGAAGCCUUAAAACGCGACCUUAAAACAAUGGAAAAAUUCGAUGCUUCAUAGGUUCGUGUAUGGCCUAAGAAAACGAGUACAACUGACACAUUUAUUAUACAGCGUUUUGCGUUUUUAUCGAGUUUCUUUGUUUUAGAAAGGGCUGUAGUCAGGUUAUAGGGUUAUACAGGUUAUGGGCCUUGUUACAAAGAGAGGGGCGGGUAAGAGUUAGCUGUCAAUCACAAUCAUGCUCCUCCCCCUUUUUCAAUAUUUAAUUUUCUCUUCAAUAUUAUUCAAUAUUGAAAAAAAAAAGAAGAAGAAGAGAUGGAUAGGUGAAAUGGCGUUGAACAAGAAUAUACAAGGAGAGAUUGGUCUUAUUAUAGGCUCUAUCCCAGCAAAUACAAGGUGCGAACGGCGAAUAGCACUUGGAAAAUGAUAGUUCUAUGCUUAUGGGUUGUUAGUGUUUCGUAAGGAUCAAGCUGAUAAAUAAACUCCAGACAUGCCAGAACAAUACAUUAAUGACCGAUAAUGGGUAAUCGCUCGAUUUAUAUAUAUAAUUUCUGCAUUUAGUAGAAAUAUGUAUCUAUCUAUCCCUAUUCCAUUUGCCAGUUUCCCGCGUCUCAAGAAUUGCUGAUCAUUAAAGACACAACAAGUUAAAAAAAACAUUUAUGUUCGCAUAUUUAUUUUCUCUCCACUACAUAACCAGCACCGAAUAAAAUACUCAAGAAAAAAAAA